CUCCUUUACAUGGAAGUAAUACUCCCUAAGUGCUCAUCUAGUUCGAAGAAGGCAAAGACAGCAAGCGUUGCUAAUUUUUCUUAUAUAGAGGUACCUGAUGUUUGAAUAUGAAGUAAUGCACAGUGAAGGAAAUCUCUGGAAGCGUUUAUGAUUGCCAUCUAUUAGGAGUGGAAAACUAAGGAGAAUAAGCAAAUGGCCUUCAGAUGUUCCUCAAAAAUAUUUUCAGCUCUUCCUAACCGACUGCCGUAUUUCUCCUAGCUGCAAAGUGCAAGAAUUCUUAUUUUUCUGAGUAAAACUGGGUCCUGAGGGAGACUAAUAAAUUGGCUGAAAUGGAAGAGCCACCUUUGCUACCAGGAGAAACCAUUAAAGACAUGGCUAAGGAUGUUACUUACAUCUGCCCCUUUACUGGAGCAAUCAGAGGAACCCUUACUGUUACCAAUUAUAGACUGUAUUUUAAAAGCAUGGAACGGGACCCUCCUUUUGUCCUAGAUGCAUCUUUAGGUGUAAUCAACAGAGUGGAGAAAAUUGGAGGUGCUUCCAGUCGAGGUGAGAAUUCAUACGGGCUGGAGAUCGUAUGCAAGGAUAUUCGAAACUUGCGGUUUGCUCAUAAGCCUGAAGGGAGAACUAGACGAUCCAUAUUUGAGAACCUAAUGAAAUAUGCUUUCCCAGUUUCAAAUAAUCUGCCACUUUUUGCAUUUGAAUACAAAGAAGUUUUCCCAGAAAAUGGAUGGAAGGUGUAUGACCCCACUUGGGAGUACAGAAGACAG